AAGAAUAAAAAAAAAAGAAAAAAAAAAAAAAGCGGUUAUUGGGAAUCGUCGUUAAAAUGAGAAGGCUGACAACACAGAAAAAAAGAGUGGCUGGCCGGUCAACGGCGUAAAGAACGUGUACUGAUGAUUCGAAAAGAGUGAAAGGCUCGAACGGACGUCAAGUCGUGAGCGUUACGAUAGGAUCAUACGUCGGAAAGCGUCUUUUAUGAAAAAGAAUGGACGGAGGGAUUGGGCAUAGUCCUCCACGAACAAGAACGGUGAUGGUGAUGUUGGUAGUCAAUGGUGGACGUUGAUGCGGACGACCGGUCAAGGUCGAAAGAUCUGGCGAGGCACGGCGCAGGGACAAGUCAAUUUCUGCACAUUGAUAGGUGGGUGUGUUGGAAGGUUGACGCCGGGGGGACACGCGUUGCAGCUGCCAGGGGAAAAAGGAAAAAAAAGGAUAUCAGAGCGGGACCCCUGGGAAAGGGUCGAACGGGGGUAUCCAGAAUUGAGAGAAGAGAAGGGUGGAAGAGGGAAUCGAACGAAGGGAGAAGAAAGGUGCGGCGCGGACAGCGAAAAUAAUAAAGAUAAUUUAGAAUAACGAGGUUCAAACGAGGGAAAGAAGGAAGUGAGAGGGAGGACGGACGGACGUACUAAUCAGACAAGAGGAGAGAGAGAGAGAGAGAGAGACGGACGGGUGGACGGUGGAAUCAGGUGGAGAGCAAGUUGGAAC